AAAAGGAAAAGAAAAAAAAAAAACAGAUACCGUCUUCAAGCUCGAGUCUUGGUGAGCUGAAUGCGGCCAAAAGGGCACGCCUAUCUCCAUCACAGCGCGUCUAAUCACGCGCCCGCGCACACCGUCAGACGCACCCCCUCAACAGCAUUAAUAAUAGCAAUAGCUCGGGGCUUGAAAUAAAUUAGCGGCAAUUUUCUGGCAAUCUUUUUAUCGUCUUCCUCGAACUUUCCAUGGCUUAAUUUCGCUCCCCAAAUUUUCCUUUUCUUCUGAAAGUUGAGUUCGCGAACCCUUCUGCGUUUCGCAUAAGAUUCGCAAUUUUACAGGAAAGUUUUCAGUACCAGCCAGCUUUUUGUUUCUCCUAUCAAUCAAUAUGUUUGUAUCUUGACAGAUUGAUUCUCGAUUUGGUGGAUCAUCUCUAUCUAUGGGGGAAGCUCCAGCUUUCUUUGAAGAUGAUCUCCAUGAAAACCACUCAAAGUGGCCCGUAUUCAAUUCUAAGGGCUACGAAAAGACUAUCGAUGUUGGAUGCGGAAAAAUCUAUGCCAUUGGCGCUACGGAUUGCACGAUUGCAGUUCGAAUUCUUGAUAAGUCGAAAAAUGAAUGGGUGAGUCCCACUGUGCUGGGAAUGAUACCAAAACCGUCUGAAGGCCAUUCAGCUAUUGCCUUAGACGAGGAUCGGAUUUUGGUUAUUAAGGGGAAUGCCAAUUCUGAUGACUGCUUUUGGUUUCUGGAGUUUCUCAUAAAGCUAAUGUUUCUGGAUGAAGUGUUGGUUGUUGUAGCAAAAAUUAAUACCCCAUUUGUUAGAGAGCAAAAGGCGAGAUUAGGGACUCAAGUGGUUGCAUGGAGCAAAGCCGUGAUCGGUGAAGCCAAGAUACCGAUUGUUAUUAGCGGCCCUUCUGGAGUUGGUAAGGGCACUCUUAUUUCUAAGCUAAUGGAGGAAUUCCCCUCGACUUUUGGAUUUUCUGUGAGCCACACGACUCGGGCCCCAAGGAACAACGAGCACAAUGGCGUUCAUUACCAUUUUACAGAACGUGCUCUGAUGGAGAGAGAUAUAACUGACGGGAAAUUCCUCGAGUUUGCAGCCGUUCAUGGAAAUCUCUAUGGGACGAGUGUCGAGGCUGUUGAGGUGGUUACAGAUGGCGAAAAGAGGUGCAUUCUUGAUAUUGACGUUCAAGGGGCGAGAUCUGUGAGGGCUACUUCUUUAGAAGCAAUUUUCAUCUUUAUCCGUCCUCCCUCGUUUGAGGUGCUCGAGCAACGCCUUCGCUCAAGAGGGACUGAGACAGAAGAACAGAUCCAAAAACGACUCAGAAAUGCAAAGGCUGAAAUGGAACAGGGAAACUCGCCGGGACUUUUUGAUCAUAUCUUGGUUAAUGACAACUUAGAGACGUGUUAUGAGAACCUUAAGGAAAUUUUGGGCCUCAGUGAUGCAACCAAGACUAACAAGAUAUCAGUGCCAGAGUUGGUUCGUGUUCCUUUGAAACAUACGGUCUCUAAAAAUGAUCAGCAGAUCAUAAUAAACUGUACUGCCCAAAAACAAGAAAAGUCGGAUUUAAAAAUGUUUGUGCUUGAUACAUCUUCUAUCAAAGGUGGGGCACCUGGUCGGACAAGGGGUCUGAAUAUUUACACAGCCGAGCUUCCCAAUAAUGGUGAUAUCGGUUCCCAUAUGCCGAGCUAACAGUUCAAAUUAUUCAAACUAACAACAGUUCAUUUUGUCCCAAUGUUCUUUAUUUCCUUUGCUAAACAUUACCAGAACUUGAAAAAAAAAAAAUUGAGAUUCUAAUUUACCUCCUGAGAGCCUGAGGGGAUUUCGAGACAAUUCGAGAAUUACGGUAGGUUCGGUUAGGGGAGGUAACAAUUUUAUUUACUCUUAGUUCUUAUGACGAGGGAAAGAAAGAAAAAGAAAAAGAAACAAGAAAAUGAUGACCCUCUCUUAUGCUAUGAUAAAAAGUGGAAUGAUCAUGAUUUGAUCUUUCUUCUGCAUUUUCCAUAUUCAGCAUAUCAUCUCUUUUGGCUGAUUUUUUUGGUCUUUAUUGAAUUGGUGGCCUAUGAUUGGCUGCUUUUUGCACAAGUUUGUUUGCUAUUGAUGGGGAAAGAUGCUUUUGGGGUCCCUAUGGAGCCAAUGGCAAGAUAAAUUAUUUUGGCUAUUUUGACAAUUUAGUGCACUUCUUUUGCUGGCCGAAUAUCUUCAACUUUUAUGGUGUUCACUCGCAUCGCCUUCUUUUGUGUUGCGUAGUCGAUUUUUGUUGUGAUUAUCUUCCAAGGGUUUUUGCUAGAAAUAACAAUAUUUUUUCAACUUUCAAAUUUCAUUUUAACAAACUUUAGGGUUCUAAUUUCGUACUUCAAGAUUUUUUGGUGUUUGAGGCAGUGUGAUCGUUAGGUGGGUUUACUCUUCAUAUUAUUUGAACAAAAGUACAUAUAAUUAUAGUAUGAAAUGUCAUACUUCGAUUUAUAUAUUGUUUUUCCAAGUAUAAGAUAAACUAUAUUUUGGUCCUUGUCCUACAUGACUCAUAUUGGCUAUCAUGUGGUAUUUCAUGAAUUCAUAAAUGAAAAUGGGGCCACUCUUAGCUGCCAUAUGUAUAAGGAGAAUCUUGAAUUAAACACUGUAUUAGAUUCACCUGUCUAUUUGUCUUUUGAUUGGCCAUGAGAAAAUGUGUCAACACCUAUUCUUUUUAUAUUUUUCAGAUUCUUAUUCUCAUGUGAGUGUUAUAUGAUUGGACUGAUUUCACACAGAAUAAAGUGUCGACUGCAAAUAUGUGCUAUGUGUUUUUGGAUGUGAAUGCUAUAUAGUAGGCAUGAUUUCAUAUCGAAAAUAUAUUAAAAAUGUUUUUCUUGAUGAAAUGCAAUCUAAACUUGAUGAAUAUUCACAUUGCUAUGCAAGGCCAUCAGGAUAAGUGGGACUUUCUUUUUGUUUAACGGCAUUUUUUGUCAGUAAUUUUUACUGUCUCCCAUAUUGAGUCGAAUACAAAACUUCUCGGGCUUAUUGUGCUGCUGGAGCUAACCUACUGCAACUAGGCUCGAUAUGUACAACUCAAUAUAGGAUGAUAUUUUGUUAAUCAUAUAUUGUCUU